GUGGGCGAUACUCCUCCUUUGGCAGGUAUAGCUUUAUAUCUAGUGACAAAAACCUGAUUAGAACAUUUCCUCUCUCAGUUCUGGUCUUUAAUCAGACGGAAAUAUCUGGACGCACAGGAAACUAAGACAGCAGGAUCUUGACAUCUGAUCCACAAUGACUGAACUCUGUAUUCGAUCAAUCUUCCUGGCAGUGACUGUACUGCUUUUGUCACCCAUGAGUGAUGGUAUUAAGAUAACCCCACGGCCCAAGUACCAAUACACCAAGAAGCCUCCUCGAGAAUUGGCCCACACUACCGCAUAUGUUGGUAAAUCCACUGUUACACCAAGGGUAGUGGACUAUACCAAGGCAAAAGACCGUGUUUCUUCUGUUGUCACAGAGAGUACCACCGUCCCUAAUGCGCAUGUGGGUUACCACCCAGACACCACAGUGGCACCCAACAGUGUGCAGGAUAACUACACUCUGGACUAUACAGAAUGUUACCUCAACUUCUGCGAGUGCUGCCCUCCAGAACGUGGACCUGCUGGACCAAGUGGAGACAUGGGGCCUCCAGGACCUCCUGGUCAAAAAGGGGACCCAGGACUCAAAGGAUCUCCAGGACCAAUGGGUCCAACUGGGACGCCAGGAUUGAAGGGUGACAAAGGAGAAAAAGGUGAGAAAGGUAGCAGUGGAUUUGCAGGCUCUCCAGGCAAUACAGGGAAGGCUGGACAGAAAGGUGAUACCGGACUUAAAGGUGAAAAAGGUGCAAGUGGUAUGCCAGGAUUCAAAGGUGCUAAAGGUGAAAAAGGAGAGCCUACUGAAAAUGUAACUAAAGGUGACAGAGGUGAGGCAGGUAAAGAUGGACCACCUGGACCACCAGGCAUGAUUGGAGACAAGGGGGAGAAGGGUGAAAGGGGAGAAUGCGGACUGCUGGGAGAGAGAGGACAAAAAGGAGAACCAGGCGAACCUGGGCCCCCGGGUAUGAGGGGCGAUCCUGGUUCUUCAGGGCAACAUGGAAUGCAUGGAAACCCUGGCAUACCUGGAGAACGUGGUGAAACUGGGAGCCCGGGAAUCAAGGGGGAGCCAGGACCAAGAGGCCUUGAAGGAGCUCAAGGUGUAAGAGGUCUAAGAGGACCAAAAGGUGAAAGGGGUCUUCCGGGAAAGCGUGGUGAACGUGGCCUUCAAGGUAUGAAAGGGACAGCGGGUGACACUGUGGGGCAACUGCGCUCUGCCUUCAGUGUAGGUCUCUACCCAAGCAAGUCAUUUCCACCUUCAGGCUUCCCAGUACGCUUCGACAAGAUAUUCUACAACGGAGAAAACCAUUACGAUGUCGCCACCAGCAAGUUCAACUGCACUUACCCAGGGGUUUAUGUCUUCUCUUACCAGAUAACUGUGAGAAACAAGCCUUUGCGUGCAUCCUUGGUUGUGAAUGGGGUGCGUAAGUUGCGUUCACGGGACGCACUUCAGGGCCAGGACAUUGACCAGGCCUCCAGUCUAGUGCUUCUGAAGCUUGCUGCUGGAGACCAAGUGUGGGUGGAGACCCUAAGAGAUUGGAAUGGUGCCUACUCAAGCAGUGAGGAUGACAGCACCUUUUCAGGGUUUUUGCUGUAUCCUGACUGACAUCAAAGACAAACCAGGGUCAGGCAUUGCACUGAAAUCUACAUAACCAUCAUAUGUGGGAUUGAGAUACAGAUUCAAGAGAUGUUUCAGAUUCAAGGGACUAUUUUUUAAUCCCAUUCCUGCCCACUCUUGAAGGAAUUCUGACAAAUCCCUCCCACCCACGCAGACCCUCCGGACCAAUCCUGCAACUAUUUUUUGUUUCUACCCACCUGUGAUAUUUUCUAAUAAAUGUAAAUGGUUAUGGUUCCCAAAUAUAAACAAAUUAGUACUUUAAACCAUAUAUAAACUAACUAGGAUGAAGCAGUUACCAAGGAUGGAUGAAUCAAUGCUGUAAAUUCAUUGUACAGUGUGCAGACUACUGCAUUCAAUAUGCUCUUAUGUUAAAGAAUGUGGCCUUUCUUCAUACUUCAUGAUUUAUUUUGUUUUUUUGCCUUUCUAUAAAUGUCCAAUAUUUUUGUCUUAAGCAACUAAGCCUUGAUAACAAACACCAUACAAUAUAACCAAUAUGUCCAUGUUUAGGCAAUCUAUGUAUUAUGUUAUGCAUUAAUUAGAACAAUCAAAAUCUUGUUAUCUUACAAAUAUGUACACUCAUCCUGUAUUGCCCCAUGUGUGAAGCAGUAACAUUUGUUUUGAAAUUUGUUUGACCAACCUAUUAUAAACGCAAUCACCAUCACCUUGGUACAUCACCAAUGAUGAACACUGUAUUUCUUAUUAUAAAAAUAAUUUUUCCCUUUAAUAGCCCAUGUUA